UCGAACGCACGGCCUCUCCACUCUGAGAUCGAUGCUCUAACCACUGGCCCACCGGACUGGCCCGAGUGUUUGCAAUCCAAACAAUUGUGUAAAAAAAGUCAGAAAAACUUUCAUAACAAUGAGCAUUUGUACAGUUUCAUCAUUUCCUUGUACAUUCAAAGCCCCUCAGAGAACUGCAUGCAUGAAAAGUGACUGGUGGCAAGCAUAGGAAAACAAUCCCUUGUUGGUCCUUUUGUGUCUUCUCCACAGGUGACACACCCACCUGCAUGGAGUGCUUUAGCGCCACCUGUCGAAAUAACCUCCUUCCAAGAUUGACAAGUACACAGAGGGACUCACAGCUGCUCACAACUGGCUACUUCAGCACAUUCCCUCCAAAACCUAAAGGCAAAUGCAGUCACGGAGGUAUGCUGGACAGUAGCCGCACUAUGGGGGCCAAAGGGGGCAUUAACAAAGACAGCACAUCACCUCUCUUCUCCCCUCAUCAUUACCUCCACGCGGAAGCAGCCAAGCUGGCCUCCGAAGAUACUCUGACUGUACUGAGAGAUCUCAGGGACACAGUGGGGCACAAGACCUUUCUCAGGCUUUUUAGCGUGAAGCAGGCACCCGCUCUGGUUUUUGUCAUUGACACCACAGGGAGCAUGUUUGAGGAAAUCACAGCGGCUCGAAUGCGGGCUUACUCCAUCAUUCAGAACCGAGCAGACCUUUCUGGCCGACCUGGAAGCUUCUUGCUGGUACCCUUCCAUGACCCCGAAGUCGGUCCGGUGUAUGAGACUGAUGACCCGAACCAGUUUAUGGAGCACAUGGAGAACUUGAUGGCCCUUGGAGGAGGAGAUGAACCAGAGAUGUGCUUAACAGCCAUUCAGUUGGCCCUCACUCACAGCCCACCACUCUCAGAGAUCUUUGUGUUCACCGAUGCCUCCCCCAAGGACGCUCACCUGUUUGACGUGGUGAAGGCCCUCGCACUUACCAAACAGAGCAAAGUAAGACAAUUUGUCCUUUCCACACCCGCUCUGGUACCUGGUCACAGCACCACUGUAGAUUUCAACAUCCUGAACCACGGCCCGGACAGACUCUUCAGUCUGACAGCUGAGGAUGAUUCUGGAUAUCUCCACACGAAAGGACCUCACAGGUUCCAUGUUGCUAGCGACAAACCUUUCCACAGUCAGGUGGGCCUUCACACACCUGCCUCAGCUCAGGCCGGAGCGACAGUUACGCUGACACUCUCAGUGUACGCUCUCGACUCUGCAGACACAAACUACGCGGUGGCCUACUUGACAGUGGUUCCACCUGACUCAGACACAUCUCCUCCAUCAUGCUCGGCCACUCGACUGCAGUCCUCCUGUUCUCCAGCUUGCAAUGAGUCCACCUGGAGCAUGUCACUGGCUGUGUCGGACAGCGGCCUUUCCGGACUGGCUGCUCUCCAACUACACAAGGGACAAGGGACUUUAACUUUAUUCCCACCGGUCACAGGGGGUAAACUGGGUGAGGCUCAUCUUGACCAACGUGUCCAGCACAAGGUCACAUUAGUGGAGCGAGAAGCCCCUUUGAACGUGUCCAGGUGGGAGCUGGGCUCAUCGGAGCCCCUGUGGGUGAACUAUACUUCCAGCUGUUGCUCGGUCCAGGCUGAGCUGCUGGUGUGGGACACUGCUGGAAACAUGAAGCGCUGCCAUCUUGCAUCUAGUCAGCAGAGGCAGCUGAGUGAGGCUCUUAUGGGUUAA